CCCCGUAAAGGCGCGCGCCGGCGCUGGCGGCGAGCGUGGGAACGCGGACGGCGAGCGCAGACCCGCGGCGACGAGGCCGGGCGAGUCCGGGGAGCGGCGGCGGCAGGAUGUGUGACCGAAAUGGGGGACGGCGGCUCCGGCAGUGGCUGAUCGAGCAGAUUGACAGCAACAUGUACCCGGGGCUGAUCUGGGAAAAUGACGAGAAGGGCUUGUUCCGGAUCCCAUGGAAGCACGCCGGCAAGCAGGACUAUAACCAGGAGGUGGACGCCUCCAUUUUCAAGGCCUGGGCAGUUUUUAAAGGGAAGUUUAAAGAAGGGGAUAAAGCUGAACCAGCCACUUGGAAGACGAGGUUACGCUGUGCUUUAAACAAGAGCCCAGAUUUUGAGGAAGUGACAGACCGGUCCCAGCUGGACAUUUCCGAGCCAUACAAAGUUUACCGAAUCGUCCCCGAGGAGGAGCAAAAAUGCAAACUAGGCAUGGCGACCCCCACUUGCGUGAAUGAAGUCUCGGAGAUGGAGUGUGGACGCUCUGAAAUUGAUGAGCUGAUGAUCAAGGAGCCUUCUGUGGACGAUUACGUGGGGAUGAUCAAAAGGAGCCCGUCCCCGCCAGAGGCCUGUCGGGGUCAGCUCCUUCCAGACUGGUGGGCGCAGCAGCCUGGCACAGGCUUGCCGCUGGUGCCCGGGUACACCACCUAUGAUGUGCACCAUUCAGUUUUCUCCCAGAUGGUCAUCAGCUUCUACUACGGGGGCAAGCUGAUGGGCCAGUCCACCACCACCAGCCCGGAUGGCUGCCGCCUGUCCCUGGGUCAGCCUGGGCUGCCAGUAACCAAGCUGUACGGGCCUGAGAGCCUGGAGCUGGUGCGCUUCCCAUCCGCUGACAACAUCCCCAGCGAGCGGCAGAGGCAGGUGACACGGAAGCUGUUUGGGCACCUGGAGCGUGGGGUGCUGCUGUACAGCAGCCGGCAGGGCGUGUUCGUCAAGCGGCUGUGCCAGGGCCGUGUGUUCUGCAGCGGCAACGCCGUGGUGUGCAAGGGCAGGCCCAACAAGCUGGAGCGCGAUGAGGUGGUCCAGGUCUUUGACACCAGCCAGUUCUUCCGAGAGCUGCAGCAGUUCUACGGCAGCCAGGGCCGGCUCCCCGACAGCGGGGUGGUGCUGUGCUUCGGGGAGGAGUUUCCAGACAUGGCCCCCUUGCGCUCCAAACUCAUUCUUGUGCAGAUUGAGCAGCUCUACGUCCGGCAGCUGGUGGAAGAAGCCGGGAAGAGCUGUGGGGCCAGCUCCAUGAUGCAGGUUUCUGAGGAGUCCCAGCCGGACCAGGUCUUCCGGAUGUUCCCGGAUAUCUGUGCCUCACACCAGAGACCCUUUUUCAGGGAAAACCAACAAAUCACGGUCUAGGUGUCUCUCCCGGGCACCCCAUGCUGCCACCAUCUUGCAUUUCACUAUUACAAUGACUACUGUAAUUCUUGAAGGAUGUGGGUCCCGCUGACCAGGGUGGGGGACCCUUGCUUUGCUCUUGGUGUAGUAAGGACAUCCACCGAGGAGUUGACAUUUAAAACAAAGUCGCACCGCCUUUCUGCCGUCCAGAUACAAAUGUCGGAAACUUACACCAAAUGGUCAGGAUACCAUAACUAUAAUCUGUGAUUAAAAAUGUCAUUUUCUACAUUUCCCCCCUAAUUAUUAGUUGCUUUAAUUCUGUCUGCAUUUUGGGUUAAUUGACAUUUCCAAAGACUUAUCAUUCUAUAAUAUUAGCAGAUUCUGCUUCAAGUAAAGAUAUUUGAAGUUUAAAAUCAACUUAUAAAUGUAAGACUGUUUUUAUCUUUAUCUUUUGUUAGAGCUGUAGGCUUAUGAUUUCAUAUGCUUGAUUCUAUGUGAAAUAUCUUUUUACUUUUAAAUGUUUUAGUAAGAUUUAAAAAUAUUUGGAUACACGCCUCCCUUUAAAUUGCAAACCAAUAGGGGGUUGUUUGUCUGUCUUUAAUCCACCCCCACCCAUAUGAUAGGCAAUUUGAAUAAAAGCAAAACUCUUGACUUGUUAGAAGAAAGUCUGUAUUACCCACGGUGGGUGCAGGAAAGCGUGUUCAUGUCCAGAGGACUGGCGUGCCUGUGUCUUCACACAAUGAAAACUUUUCCUCGAGGGCUUUGUUGCCAGGAAGCUUAGAGAUAAAUUUAUUUUUUCAUUACUGUAAUUAAAUCAUUCCAGAUACCUCUUCCUUUUCUUCUUUCUAAAUGGUAUUGGCCUUUUAAAAAAUAUUUGUACUUAGGGGCGGCACCUGUGGCUCAGUUUGUAUGGUGGCACCAGCCCCAUACACUGAGGGUAGUAGGAUCGAACCUGGCCCCAGCCAAGCUGCAACAAAAAGAUAUCUAGGUGUUGUGGCAGACGCCUGUAGUCCCAGCUACUUGGGAGGCUGAGGCAAGAGAAUCGCCUAAGCCCAGGAGUUGGAGGUUGCUGUGAGCUGUGAUGCCACAGGUCUCUACUGAGGGUGAUAAAGUGAGACACUGUCUCUAAAAAAAAAAGCAAAAAUUAGUACUUUGAAUUACCGUAUUUUAUAUGUCCUAUUAUAAACUGCUUUGAAUAUAUAGAUAUAUUUUUAUGAGCAGGGUAUAUACCAUAAGUUUACAAAAUAACUGUGGGUCACACGAGCCUGUCACUUGUGCCUGUAGUUUAGUGGUGGUGACUGGUGUGGGCACAGUGAGGGCUGCAGAGCUAUGGAAGGGAUGCAUUAGCUUCUCACCACCGCUGCUGUCCCAAGAGGUCCUGGGGAGGGGAGGACACUGUCCCCUCCCCUAGUGCUCCCUGAGGUUUGGGAUGGCCUCACAUCACCCCCAGAUUCUACCCCUUAACAAGAGUAGUAUGGUGGAAUUGCAAUGGAGGAGUCCCAGUUUCAACCCUGGAAGAACUUACCCAAUUUACUAGCAAAUAAGAUACAUUUCCUACCCAAAAUGUGUUAAAACUGUUUACAUCAUGGUACUUAUCAAAAGCAGGUGCAGAAGAUUUGCAAUGCGGCUUGACCUAAUGGCAGAGGCCCUGGGACCUUCUGAUAUGUUAUUUCAUGUGUCUCUGAAGACACUUUAGAAUUGUUUUCUAUAUAUGCAUGAUUAGAAGAUAUUUGAACAUUUUUUCUAAAAACAAAUGCUGUAUUUUGUUAGGCUGGGGCACCCCUUACACAUCCACGUGUCCUGUGUAAGACAUCUGGAUUGGCAAAGGUCGGCCCCUCACCCCUGGUGUGCUGGGUACCGCCAGCUGCCCUGCCCAAGUUGCCACCAUCUCUUACCCAGAAUCUGCCAUGAAAGGGCAGGAGAGGCCUUAUGUGUCCACCCUUAUUGUGAAAAGGGAGGAAGGUGCUGGGAGACCCAUGUUCAGCCAGCCUAGUGGCCUCGUCCUCAUGAGUGUCUCUGAUUUAAUAUCUGAAAAGUUAAAGAAUGCCCAGUUCCGUUUCCCAUAGCCACAUCCGUGAGGGCAGUGGAGGUGUGAUGUGUAGUCAGACAUGGUAACAAGAGGUCCUUUAGACCUGGAUGACGUCACAUGUGACUACGGGAAGGUGCCAGGGAAGUGACUCUUCCCUCUUGGCCAAGAAGUGAGCAUUAUGUAUUUGCAAGGUACCAGACAUGUUUGCUGAAGAGUCUGUGAGCUAAUAGGCUUGAAUCUCCAGCUCACAUGAGUGUUAAAGCAUGUGUCUUUAAUAUGCUGAAUAUUUAUUUUUGUAUCCAUUUAAAAAGUAUAUUGAUCUCUUUUACUCUUUAAUAAAAUGCUCUUUUU